UGUCAAGGAGUGUGUCUCCACUUUAAGAAAUAAAUGUUUAACAAUUUCACAUUGAAAUCUUAAGUCUUCGCCUAGACUUCUAGGAAAAUCUUGAAACAAAAUACAAACAUUAAUUAAUUUUGUUAAUCAUAUAUAGAAGACCAUGACUUUGUUUUCUUCCUUUGGGCAACAAGAAGACCGUGACUUGGUCAACAUAUUACUACCAGUUCGUCUACCGUGUUUAGCCAAACACGAUCUCCCCUUGCUAUAUCGAAUUCUCCGACCAGGUCAAUGUGUUACCACUAGUUAGAUCUUUGGGCAGGGCUUUACUAAAAAAAUGUUUUAUAGUGUUAAUGAACAAAUUUGUUGUUUAAUAUUGUGAAAUAGCCUAAAAGCUUGUUCUUGAUUCUUGGACAUACUUUACUUAUCGUUUAAGAAAAAAAAACAUUUUAACUUAACCUCCGUUUGAAUAUUUUAACAUAAGAAAAAAAAUCACAAACUUUGAAUAUUCUGCAUAUUCAAAGUUUCGAUAGAGUUGGAACCAACACCGAAGCUAACUGUUGGCACUAACCAUCAUUUACGUAUCUCUUCGUCUAUAUAUAUAUAUAUACAUGCGUAUGAAUAAAUUUAAGUUAUGUAUACUCGUACAAAUUAGAAAACUAAAUUAAAAAUGGAAGAGGUAAUGUCAAUGAUCUUCCAAGGAUUGAAACUGGUUAAGGAGCUUGAGUCAAGCUUACCGGAAAAGUCACUAGAAGCUCUAUCGACCUCUCUCGACGAGAUCACGAGAACAUUUGGUGAUGCAAACGAGCGGCUGAAGAUAGUUCUUGAAUUCAGAAACUCGGUGGUUGUGUCUUGUUCAGACCAGUUGCUAAUGCAGAAUGAACCGGGUCUGAUGCAAGAGUAUUGGUUUAGGUGUGGCGGGUCCACGUCAUCUCAGGGAACCAAAGCCAUGACUCAAAGGCAGAUCAUGGCCGUUGAAGAUGGAAGAAGAAACUUGACGCCUGCAGAAAGAUCAGGCGGCUCCAGUAGCAAUCCUUCCACGCCAAGACAACGCAGAAGGAAAAACGAAGGAGGAGAACACGUGGUGUUGAUGGCGGCGUUAAGGACAGGAAACAUAAAUCUACCACCUGACGAUAACCAUACUUGGCGUAAAUACGGUCAAAAGGAAAUUCUCGGUUCUAAGUUUCCUAGGGCGUACUAUAGAUGCACCCACCAAAAGUUAUACAAUUGUCCAGCUAAGAAGCAAGUACAACGCCUCAAUGACGAUCCCUUCACCUUCCGAGUCACUUACCGUGGUUCACACACUUGCCACAUCUACUCAACCGCUUCCGCCGCUGCCCCCACCACUCCAGUUACAACUAGCUUUUCCCUUGACUACGGUCCCCCUUUCUUCGACAUGGCUGAUGCUAUGAUGUUUGGUAGCAGUGGGAUUGGGGCCAACAUGGACAUAUAUCCUUUCAAUGAUCCAAGUCAUCAUGACGAUCACUGUUACCGGCGGUCGGAAGACGGCGACGACGGAGACAAGUAAGAUUCAUGUAUCUAUACAUAGAAACUAGAAAGGACAUGUCUGAUUUAAUUUAUUAUUACUAUCAAAAGUUCUGCAUCAUUACUCGUGAUUCUAGUUUGUAUCUAGUGGGAAUCAAUUCUUUGAGUAGUUCGCUUUUACAAUGAAAAGUGUUUUAUUUUAAUUAUUGUAUAGUUUCCUUCUCAUUAUCUGUUUAAUUCAUUGCUUUUAAGGUAUUGUGAAAACAUUUUUGAGAAUGCAAGUACUUUUUUGAAAUAAUUGAUAAAAGUUGUGUUAGGGUUUUGAUUAUUUUUUGAAUAAUGAUAAACUAUCUAUUUACCUAAUAAAUUGUAAAAGCUUAGUUUCCACAAUCCCUUUUUUAAAUCCAUAUUUCAAUACAAAUUUCUAGAAGGAGCUCAUUUCCUCAAAAUAUCUUCUUAAAAUAAAAUCAGAGUUUAGUUUAAACUUUAAACAGAUAUAAUUGGCUCUGAAAUAGAACAUCAAGUAACCAGAAUUUCUGACAACAAAGAGAAAAGCGCAAAGUAAUCAGAUAAUCAUUAUCCUAUAAUAUAUUGUCUACACUUUUUCAGUACAAGGUACAUUUUCUUACAUAAAUAAAUAUGCAAUUUCGAUACGUUUAAAAUAAAUCAAAACUAGGGGAUAAAUUGUUAUCUUGUCAGCAUCUCACAUAUUGGCAUGAACUUGUUGGUGUUUCUUCCUUUUUGUUGAUGUCUUUUUUUUUUAUACUAAAGAAUACAAAUAGUUAAAGAGGAGUCUUCAGUGUCAAAAUCAGCUAUUUGAGUGGAAUCUUUGGUCCCUUCACCGUUACUAUUCAUCAUGCAUGCGGCCUUCGUUUUGCCCUUUGUUCAUCAUCUGUACUUGUUAUGUCGAUCGACAGAGAAGACAUUCUAUCUUCGGUUAUCUGAUAUUUGUGAAAUACGUAAAAGAUGUUUAAGGUGUUAAACGAAUUAUAUCUUUUAGUUUACUUACAGGGGUUUAAACCACACAAUAAGACUCAUCAUAUCUCGUGACCAAGUAUCUAAGGAUUCAUACAUCUUAUAAUUUAUUGAAUAAAUAUAUAUAUAGAUAUUCAUAGAAUGAAUCUUUUUAAACUAUCACAAGUAAACAAAAAUGUCUGAACCAGUUUGUUAAUUUUUGUUUUUGAAAUGUAGUAAAUUUUAUUUAUAUCAAUGUAAUAUUAAAAUUUCUCAAAUUUUUUUUUUUUUGCUAACCGAGUAUCCUGGCUCCACCGAGGUGGUUCAGACUAGAGACCGAAGUGAGCAUGGACGCUGCCAGGACGUCACUAUGUCGCUCACCGUAUAACGGUCUUCGGUCUCGGGUGCUGCAGUCCACAUGUAAAUUCCGCAGUGGCCAAAGCUCGAGCCAGGGGCGGGCACUGCAGCUGGAGUUCUCAAAUUCUUGGAUAUUUUCAAAGAUAUGUGCAUCAGACGAGUGAAAUGAACUUUGUUUGUAUAAAAGAGUACAUGUACGGAACAUAAAUUAUUUAAUUUGCGUCACAACCGAAUACAUUAUUAUCGGUUAGUUAAUUUUUGUUUUGUUGUUUCAGCAAGCAUUAAUUAAUGCCCUAGUGUAUACGGCAAUGCUUAUGUAAGGACAACAACAAAAAGACAAAGCACGACAAUUGCGAGAUGAAUUUGUCCCAGUUUCUUCCUUUUUAGCACCAAACAUGCAUAGCCGCAAUUUGAAUGGAUAAGUCUCUUUACACUCUUUAGGUAAUCAAUCAUAUAUCACAAACAUGGAUUAAAAAUAAUAAAUGCAGUAACAAUCAAAUAAGCAAAACAAUAAUCUAGUGGAACUGUCGCAGUUGGUGAUUGGCUUAUUCUAAUUAAUCGUUUCAUUGGUAAUCCAUUAACCAAGUCGUUGCACUGGCACCUUUAAUGUGGCCAACAUACAAAACAUCU